CUGACCACACGCUCGGCGUCGGCAUUCAUUUUUGAACGUUAAAAUAUCAUAAAGGAUUUACUCAUUAAUGAAUGCCGGGUUGCGAAAUGAAUUGAUAAUAUUUGGCAGAUAUUACACGUGUAUUGGUUGAAACGUUGAAGUGAAGGUUAUGGGAUUCUAAGUGAAAAAUACUAGAAAAGAGUAAAAUUUCAAUUUUAAAAUGCCAUUGAAGGGUAUCAAAGUACUAGAACUAGCUGGUCUAGCACCAGCUCCAUUCUGUGGAAUGAUUUUAUCCGACUUCGGAGCUUCUGUUUUGAGGAUCGAUAGGGUUACUUCUAACACAGAUUUAGAUUGUCUAGGACAUGGAAAGCAGUCAAUAGCACUGAAUUUAAAGGAUAAAAAAGCAGUAGAAAUAGUUCGUAAAAUGUGCAUGACAUAUGAUGUGAUUUUAGAACCUUUCCGAAAAGGUGUAAUGGAAUCACUUGGAUUGGGCCCUUCAAUUCUAAUGAAGCAGAAUCCGAAGCUAAUAUAUGCAAGAUUAACUGGUUUUGGUCAGUUUGGUCCACACAGUCAUAAAGCGGGUCAUGAUAUCAAUUACAUAGCUUUGUCAGGUUUACUAUCUUUAUUUGGACGCAAAGAUGAAAAACCCACAUUUCCUGUCAAUAUUGUGGCCGAUUUUGGGGGUGGUGGCUUGAUGUGUGCUUUUGGAAUUCUAUUAGCUCUGUUGGAGAGGGGUAAAUCUGGAAAAGGUCAAAUAGUUGAUAAUAAUAUGGUUAGUGGAGCUGCAUAUCUUGGAAGUUGGUUGUACAGGUCACAGAACCUUCCAAUUUGGGGCAGGAAUAGAGGGGAAAAUAUAUUAGACACUGGAUAUCACUUUUAUGAAGUAUAUGAGACAAAAGAUGGAAAAUUUCUCUCAGUUGGAUCUUUAGAGUCUCAAUUUUAUGAUGCUCUAUUGAAAGGCUUAAAUUUAGAGCCUGAAGAUGCACCACAAUAUGAUCCUAAUGUAAAGGAACUUUUCACUAAAAUAUUCAAAGAGAAAAAUUUAGAUGAAUGGAUGAAAAUAUUUGAAAACUUGGAUGCCUGUGUUGCUCCAGUUCUUUCCAUUGAUGAGGCUCCGUUACAUCCACACAAUGUAGCACAAGAAGCAUUCUUUGAAUCAGAAGGAAAAUUUUAUCCUUCCCCUGCUCCAAGACUCAGUAGGACCCCAGGAUCUGCUAAAAAUAAAAAAGUACCACAAGUUGGCGAACAUACAGAGAGUAUUCUCAAAAAUUUAAAUUAUACAGACGAACAGAUUCAUGAACUGGAGAAAAAUGGUACGAUUGCAAUACAUAGAAUAAGUAAAUUAUGAUAAUUGUUGAGUACACCUUUGUUGGGUGAUGGGUUUAGAUCAUUAGGGAAAGGCAUUUUUUCAUUGGGAUGGUUUAUAUCAUACGAUCAUCGUAGUAGAAAGAUUUAGAAUCUUUCAUAAUCAAUAAUAACCUUGAAAGAUGGGUAGAUAUGAAUUGUGGUAAGAUUACAAAUCAAUGAAAAUACCAUAUUGCUUCCUUGACAUGAGAUAACAUUUUUUAUUACAUCCAAAAACAAUAGAGAAAAUGACUUUAUCCUUCAAGAAAUAUUCCAGAUAAUUUCAAUUGUAACAAGUAAAAUAUCAAAUUUUCAAUGGCUACUACAUUAUUUUGAAUGGAAUUUUAAUCAGUUAAAACCGUUAACUAGUUAAACAUUUCUGCCACGUAUGGUCCAAAAAUUCCAACGCUUUCUUGGUGUUGCUUAUUUUAUGCCAAAAAGUAUAAAAAAUCAUAAAUUCAAACAUGAAUUAUUUAAUUAAUCAUAUAGCCUAUUUGACUGGCUGCACCAGUGCGAAUUAAUUCGCAUUUUUGUAGAGCUAAAUGACAUAAUUAGCUCGAAUUAAUUUGCACUGGUGCAGCCAGUAGAAUAAGCUAAAAAUAUGUUGUGCUCAAAUAUUCCAAAUUAAAACUAGCUGUAGAAUUUUUAUGGAAUAUCAUAGAAAUAAUAAAAAAUAAAUUAAGGUUUAUUUGGGAUUACGUAUGGGAAUAGUACAUGUUUAUCUUAGCCCUUAGGUAAGGGGCAGGUAACUUACAUUAUAAACUGAAUACUAAAAAAAUCAAAAUAGAAAUUUUUACUCAAAGAUUUAUCAAGGAUAAAUAAAUUAGAAAAAAUAUGAGAAUUUUUCUAAAGCUAUGCUAGUGCAAAUUGAUAAGCGUUCUUUAUUAAUUUUGGAAAAUAAAAUCACGAAUACACCGUGUAUAUUUCUGAGUGUUAUCUCUAAGAUUAGAGAACCUUAUAAUUGCUAUACUGCAUUGAUACUCAUGAGCAAGCGAUCAAUUAGGUUUGAAGGCUUGAAAUCAAGAAAUAAAGAAAUUUUUAUGGAAACUUAAUAGAAUAACAUUAAAUUAAGAUGACACUGAAUACAAUCUCUUCACCUCAGUGCAAGCCCUUAGAAUUUCAGAUUUUUAAAUAUUUCAUUUGGCUUUUGGAAAUAAAAUAACCCUGGGUUCGAACCUCUCUGUUAAAUUUAUCAUACAAUUUUUUCAUAGGAGUUGAUGCAAGUUUUAGAUUUCUGAAUGGAUUGAGUGCAAAAUCUUUUGACUUGACAAAAGUGCUUUUCUGAAUUUUUUCGAAAAAUAUCUUAGCUAAUUCACUGAAAAUUAGCACAAUUAUUAGGAUAUACAGGAUGUUCUUAAAUUGGGGUAAUAAAGGAAAAUUAGAGAUUCCAUGAAUAAUUUCUUAAAAAAAUCUUAUAAAUAUGGUCCUGCAAACGUUUUGUUUUCGACAUACAGGGUGUUUCUUAUAGAUCUACUUUUUGUGAUGGAUAAUACCAAUAUAUUGUAUAUUUAUUAAUUUUCGCUACAAAUUAAAACAUAAUUUAUUCAUCACAGAUGUCUAACUGAAUCUUUAUAAUUUGGAUUUUCCCGAUUAUUUUAGAGAAUUGUUUGAAAUUUUUUUCUCGAAAUCGCUAGUUUCUUUUUACAUUUUUCUACACUACCAGUGGUCCACCAAAAAAAAAUUCUGAAAGAAAAAAGUGGGCACUGAAAAAAUAUCACCCUGUAUAUUUGCAUUCAAAAUAAACAUAUCACAUGAAGAAAACUUAAAAUUGGAUUAUGUAUGUCAAAUUUGGGUUGAAUAUCAUGUGAAGGGAAGGUGCUGUGAGAAAAAAAAAUUGAACUUCAACACCCUCUAACUCGAAAACAAAGCGUUUGCGAGUCUAGGAUUUUUUUUCUUAAAAUGUUGCGAGAAAUCUGCCAUUUUCGUUUUUACCUCCAAUUUAGGAACACCUGUAGAUCCUUUCAAUUCGGAAAUCCGAUACAAGAAUCGAUAGAUCAAAAUAAAAAAAAUUAAAUCAAUAUAUUAUUGAACAAAAUCAUUUAAUACAUCUUUUCCAAAGACACAUCAGUUGACAGUGUUUUCUAAAAUGCAACCUAUUUAUCGGAAGUGAUUCUCAACACUUUCAGAAUAUUUAACAACUUAUUGUACCAAUAAAAAAUAAUGAUAGACUGUCAGAUACGUUCCAUUCACAAAAGAUAACAAUUAUCCACUUCACUUUCCAAACCAAUUUCUGUUUAUCUAUUCCAUAAUUUGCAUUGGUGUAUUGGCAAUAAGAUUCAAGCUACCGGCAAUAUGGUAUACCUUUACUAUUAGAGCAGCUGAAGAUAUAAUUCAUCAUACAUAUACGUGGUUGGUUGACCUAAACUGCUCUUCUACUUUCUACCUGUAUAGUAAUUCUUCUCUUACGUUAGUAUACACACUACGUUGGCUUUGAACCCCGAUUCAGACUAAAGAGAGUGUGGAAUUCAUUACGAGUUUUGGGUAUGUAAAUGUAAAUUGACAAACAUAAAUCAAAGUACUAUUUGGUGAGUUGAUUUAAGAAAUCCAUUAAGUUAUUUCUAUCUACAAAGUCAUUUAGAAUUUGGAGAAUACCGUUGGGCUAAUAAAAAUUUAACGUUGGCUAUGAAAAUUAGUAGUUCAUAUUAUUAAGUCAUAACAAAAACCAGCUCUCUAUAAAAUAUUUAAUUUUAUUUUCUGAAAUUUGAAAAUCGGAGAUAAAAACAGUAUAAAUAUACUUCCUUUUUGCGGUAAAAUACACAUUUGAGAAAAAAAUCAUAUAAAAAUAUCAAUAAAAAAGAUUAUAGGUAAAAAGUACCAGUGAGGUUCGAACCCAGGGUUAUGUAUCUAUUACAGCUGUGGAGUUGAAAUUUUCGGAUAUUUUUAGUGAAAUAAAUCACUAGGGUUCAAACCCCGAUGCAAGAUAUUUAUCCUGGAGUUUUUAUAUUCAUAAUUAUUUUAUGAUUUUGCAUUUUAUUUUUCUUAUUCCUACAAGAUGUGCUAUAGUCUGUGAUAAAAAAGGAAAUAAUGUGAUAUAAUGCAAAUUUUGCCUUGUUUUGAGAUUAUAUACCUAUGUCGUACAAACUUCAACUGUGAACUUUUCAAGGAGGUUAAGAAAAUAUUUUCAAGAAAUUGUCUAAUGUAUUUGUAAUGUCUUUCGAAUAUUAAAUAUAUUCUAUUUUGA